AUGAUAGACUUUACGCCAAAACAACUGCAUUAUUUUAAACGAGAACUGAUUACUGAAGAGCUGGAGAAAGAGAUACAGUAUCUGUUGAAAGCGGAUCAUAAAACGAUAUCCAAUCUCAUCAUUGACAGCACUUCGACCAGCGGAGAUCAAGAAACAGCUAAAAAUGACAAUAAUGACAGUGCUUUCAAUGAUAGAAUCCCGUUUCUAAAAUACAUAUUUGAUAAUAUCAUCAUUGAAUUCCCACUGUUAAAGCACACUCGUGAUGAUCAAUUUUGGCCUAAAUGCAAAUUAUUGCUAAACGAGUUCAAUAAACUGCAAUUGGAAUCUUUCUAUACGUCGAAAAGGAGCGAAGGCAAUUUACAAAGACGGUCAAUGCAACAAAAAAUACAAAAGUCGUUGGUAUUUGCUUUUUGUGCGAGUAUCAAAACAACUCAAGGCGCAGAAGAGAGUAUUCGAAUCAAUGCCGAGACAAUAGCGGCUAAAAGCAAAUCAACUACAGUAAGAUCAACUGAUGGCGAUAAUGUCAAUAUGAAUAGUACUGUUACAAAUACUACUACGGAUAUCUUACUACAACAACAACGAACACUAAAUGGGAAAACUCAACUUUUCAAGGUCAACAUUCUUACCGUGCGUGAAAAGAAGAGAAAGAAAGCUUUGCGAGAUGCAGCACAUGCAGAAUUCCUAAUUGAGACUUGGUUCCCUGAUCAACCGAAUGAGCCUGUUUAUGUCGCUCGUCGUCACGGUGACUUUCGUCGUCUCAGAGAUCAGCUAAAGCAACACUUCAAUAAGCAGCAUCAUCAUCAGUAUCAUCUUCCCUUGGUGCCCCCCAAAUCUGACGAGACUUCUCGAGAGUCGUUUUAUAAGGAAAAUGAUCGACUUGCACUCCGGAAUUUCCUUAUAAAAUUAACUGGCUGCGAAAAUCACUUAACGCAACAACAACAGCAGAUUCGGAAAAGUCGUAUUCUGAGAAAGUUCUUAUCGAACAAUCCCAUCGUUUUUACAUUAGAGGAAGAGCAGGACGCCCUACAAAGAGAGGAAAAGGAUAAAAAGAAAAUAGUUGAAGAAGAAAUGUAUCAGAAAGAAUUAGAUGCCCGUGUACAUGAGCUGAAUCAAACACUGGAAACGUUGAAGAAGGACAUAUUAAAGCCUGGAGGGUUGAUUAAAGUGUUCGAUACUAUCAAGGCAACAAAAUCGGUGCAAGAUUUACCUUACUCGUUAUAUAAGGCUUUUGAAUGGGGCAGAAUAAGCUUUGCAUUCGCUUUGCACAAACAAUUUAUAUCAUCAGAUGCUGCCACAGAGAACCUAACCAAUUUACGAAGAACACACACUCUAAUGCCCUAUAAAACCAUUUCUUUUAUUUUGAAAUUCUCCAACCCAAUGUCGAUGGUGAAAGGUAUUCUGGAUUUAUUCCUGGCACAACCUUUUGGUGGUCGAAGUUUAUUUCAACGAAUGAUCAUUUCCAACUUGAAUGAAGAGUCCAAAGCUUUUGAAAAGGAGAUCAAGCAUCUUGAAACCAAAAUCAAUAACCCACUCUUCUGUGAAAAGUUGCGUAAUGCCGUGAAAACACCUAUUCCGCCUACUGACACCACUUUCAGAGAGCUUUCCGGUCGGGCAUCAGAAAUUCUCUCCUUAUUGAGCAACAAUGAUAUCAAACCUUGUAUUCCAAUCGAGCAGUUAAAGCCAUUUGAAAUGGUUAAUAACAACUAUCCAUCGGAAGCUGUACCCAUUGAUAAUGAAAAGAGAAAGUUACUUAAACAGAUGGCCCAAUUAUGGGAGCUCUAUACGCGUCAACAUGAACAAGAACUCUUAAUGACCUUGGUAUUCCAAGGCGUAACGGGAGAGCUAUUGAAAGAAUUCAUUUCGGUUUUUUACCAGCCUUUAGCUCAAGUAUAUAAAGCAGCGGAUAUUAGUACUACUAUUAGACACGUAGCUAGUUUCAUCGAUGAUUUGUUAAAGACAGUUGAUGGAUUAAAACAGCAACAGCAGAGCAAUAAUAAUACUUCCAAUACCAACGAUAAUGUUGCAAAUACUAUCCAACUCUUUAUUGAUCUCGUUCAACGCCAUGAGCAGCGAUUCUACGAAUUCAUCCACAAUGUCCAUACACAAGAAGCAUCCAAUGUAUUUGACGAACUCAUUCAAUACUUGGAUAGACUGUUUACCUUUGUAGCCAAAGGCAUCCCUGGGAAACUCGAUUUCAACACUUGCUUGGAACAAGCGGGUAUAUCUUUAACAACAGCAUCCUCUAAAGAAGAAGAACUUUUGAAAGAAGAAGUCAAUGCUAUUUGCAAUUAUCGUUACCAACAAAAAAUGCAUCAUUUUGAACGCCAACGACGUAAACUGAACCAUGCCACACCAGAAGGAUUGCAGACAGUAGCAGAGGAAAUGAAUCGGCAAAGACAAAAGGAAGUUUUCCAAUUUAUACCAAAGACAACUGAGAUGAUGAAUGCGUUAGAUGAUUUCGAAGAAUUUCAAUAUGAAGACGAAGGAGAAAUCAGUAAUAGCAGUCGACGUACUAGUGAUGCUAGCAAUGGAACCACUGGAACUCAUGGUAGUAGUGAUUUUGAUCUUUUGGCUAGUGAUGAUGAAUCGGCAAUCUCCUCGUCAUCCAAUGGCAGCAGCAGUAGCGGUGAUAGUUCAUCAAGCCUAGGAAGUAGUGGCCUCUCAUACGAAGGAUUAGACAAACCUAAACUGCAAUUGAUACCCAAAAUAUUGCCAUUUUUUGUUAAGGGAGUUACUGAUCUCAUGAGAAAGCAAUAUUUAUAG